AUGAACACCGUCUCCUCGUCACUCCUCUUCAUUUUGGGUCUCGCCACGAUUGUCAGCUCUUUGACGCGUCAAGACCUUCUCGAUCAUUUGAAGUAUGCGCAAGGUACGACGUUUCUGGACACAACGAUUGCCGCAAAAAGUUGGCAACUUUUUCAGAGACCCGCAACACGUUCGAUUCUCGAAUUCGACAGGGCGACUACAUGAGACCCGUUGGAUAUGUGGCUGGAAAGUAAGUGCCUUUGGGACCACUUGCAAUGAUCCGAUCGGGACCACGCUUUGCAGACUUUUAGGAAUAGAAAUGAGGUACAUUGGGUCCAAGUUUCAGACCGAUCGGACCAUCUGGUCCCGAGAUAUACACUGUUUUUGCGAGCAUUUCUGCCAUUUCGGUCUCUGAUCCGCAUAUCUCGGGACCGGAUGAUCCGCUGGGUCUGAAACUCGGACCCAAUCCACUUCAUUCCUAUUCCCAAACGUCUGCAAAGCGUGGUCCCCGUCGGAUCAUUGCAAGUGGUCCCAAAGUCCAGGCCUUUUGUCAAGUGUCAAGUUUCACAAAAUCGGGUCGGAUUCCUCAAAUUUUCUCGUCGUUUUUCAGACCGAUUUGGCCGAGAGUGCUCGAGAAGGUGCGCUCGACGGGAGAACUGUUUUUCGACGACGACAAUAUCGCCUAUGUGGUCAGUUUUCACCACAAAUCUUCAACAAUUUCCGAUAUUGUAGGUCCACGAUCGAAAUCCGGCCGGGCUGAUUCGAAAAAUGGACAAGGAGACCAACUUCGAUACGGUAAUGCGGUUUUUGGAUAGAUACACCGAAUAA